CACUUUCCUCCUUCUUUCCCAUUUCUCACUUGCAACCUUAGCAACCUAAAUUAUAAAUUAUACAAUUCCAUCCUCUCAUAUAGUAUAGUUUUAUAUCACAAAAACUAAUUCAAAACCAUUCAUCAUAAAUUUAACUUGUGUACCUCAAACGUUAUCCUUCUACAUGGAACCAACGUGCGUUGAUACUUCUCUUAACCUCAACCUUGUCCCUUCUCAAGACACAGAUGUUGCUAUGGUUGCUAAGGUUUUGGUUGAAGAGCUGGAGCGUCUAAGUAAUGAGAAUAAGAAGUUAACUGAGAGGUUAAACCUCAUGUGCGACAAUUAUAUUGCGUUGCAGAAGCAUUUAAACGAGUUCAAGAAUCAUGAAUCAGUGAUCACGCCGAGGAAGAGAAAGGUUGAGUGCAUUGAAAAUUGCACUACUACAACUAAGGAGGAGACAUUCCAACAACAUAACUCUUCUCCGAAAAUUUCUAAGGUUCUUGUUCGAACAGAUGCAUCCAACCCUAGCUUAUAUGUGAGAGAUGGAUAUCAAUGGAGAAAAUAUGGUCAGAAAGUUACAAGAGAUAAUCCCUCUCCUAGGGCUUACUUCAAGUGCUCUUUUGCUCCAUGCUGUCCUGUGAAGAAGAAGGUGCAGAGAAGUGUAGAAGAUCCAAACGUGUUAGUGACAACAUACGAAGGAGAGCACAACCAUGCACAUCACCAGCAAGCACAAACAUCGUCAAACCAAAGUGAGGCCUCUACAUAUAAUUCUGUUCCUUCUCCAUUAGCUUCAACGCAUGACUUGGUCUUGCCAAGAAAAGUACUAGUUGACAAUGGUGUUCAAAGGUCGUCUAUACACCAGUUGUUAGUUCAGCAACUGACAGCUUCUUUGACAAGAGAUCAUAAUUUUAGGACAGCACUUGCCUCGGCAAUUUCUGGAACAAGUUUGGAUGUGGAAAAACGUUAGAAUUGGAAUUCGUAGGAUAUUAUUGUUUCAAUAGGCUUUUUUGUUAUUUUGCGUGGUUAUUUCUAGUUUGGUUAGUACUAAUAACAUUGAAGUAGAAAGAGGCCUUUAAAAAAAAAAAAGGAGAAAGAGGAGUGGGUAUCUUUUUUUUGGUGAAAUAAAAUUAAGUGAAUAUCUAGAAAAUAUAUCCAUUAUAUAUGACUACUUAUACUUAUAUCAUCUAAUAUAUAAUAUGGUCAUUUUUUUUAUAAAAUUUA